AGGAGCGCGCUGACGAGUUGCUGCGGACUGUGGCUGCCUCCCCCUGUUGGUAUUGGCUCGAUCCUGUUGCUGCUGUUUACUGACGAAAGAGGUGGACACUACCUGAGAUUGGAAGUGAGAAGCGAGAAUGCAUGCGCUUGCCCAGUCUGAACGGACUUCAAGCUCACUGAUGAGAAGAAAUUGGACAACCAGCGGGACACAAUAUUAGAAGCAACCUUAGGACGUGUACAUGGAUCGGGAGAGAGCAGCGCAAAGAAACUUAACCUGAGGCACGUCUUUCUUGAAAGAGCGCAAGUGUCUCUACGUCCAUGUACCCUCGUAGAGAAGGAUGCCGACCCCAAAAUAUGUCUGUGACUACUGUGACAAAACAUUUCAUGAUACACCAGCUUCUCGCAAGCGACACAUGCAAGGAAUAACGCAUCAACGAGCUGUGAAAGCUUGGUAUGAUUCCUUCAGAGAUAAAGAUCAAGGUGGAAACCGUGGAGUUUGCGCAUAUUUCCAGCGAACGGGCACAUGCAAUUAUGGAUCGAAUUGUCAGUACGCGCAUAUAACACAUUCAGGUCCUUCUUAUGCAGCAGCCGGGAUGUCAGUGUCAAACAUUUCUCAAAGUGACUUGGGGCCUUCUCCAACGAAUGCAGCGCAUGGGGCGCCCUCAGCUACUUCCGCAUCUGUUCCUGUAAGCAGAGUUGCUGAGAACAAACUUCCUCCCUCUCUACAACCUCCGCCAGAAGAUGGUUAUCCAUCUCUACCUUUCGUAGAUUGGGGUUAGUGAUUUAGAGAAGCCAAAGUACGUAUUGACACAACAUCUCACAUGCUUUCUCGCUUUCCUUAGACUUUCGAAGUGAAAUUUUGCAGUCCCAGGUUUAAAGCUUAGCAAAUAUCACAAAUUUAUCACUCGAAACUCUCGAACGGAACGAAAAU